AUGGCCGACCUGACCCACGGCGCCGUGGACUCGCUGCUGGGCGUCCUAUCGGCGGCGAUCAAGGACGAGGCGGAGCUGCUGAGCGGCGUCCAGGGCGACAUCCAGUUCAUCAGGGACGAGAUGGACAGCAUGAACGGCUUCCUCCUCCACCUCACCAAGUCCGGCGACGACCACGACGACCAGCAGCGCGCGUGGAUGAAGCAGGUCCGCGACAUCGCCUACAUCGCGCAGGACUGCAUCGAGCUCUACAUGCGCAUCACCCCGUCCCACAAGGGCUUCUGGGGAUACGUGCGCCACGUCCCCGAACUCGUCAAGACCUGGUGGCCGCGCCGCCGCCUCGCCAACCGCCUGCGCGACCUCAAGGUCCGGGUGCGCGACGUCGGCGAGAGGCGCCAGCGCUACGGCGUGACCGUCCCCGAGGCGAAAAAAGGGAACAAGCCCGCCGCAGUCCUCCACGGUGCCAAGGGUGCCGCCGACGAGGCCAGGGGUGCUUUCCUGCUGGCUUUAGCGUCACUUGGCAUGGAUGCUUUCCUGCAGGCUUUAGCAUCAGUUGCCAUGGACGACGACGAUGGUGCCGGAGCAGAGAAGAAUAUCGCCAUCGUCGUCACAUUGCUUCCCGAAGACCUCAGGUCUGACAAGACACUCAUCGAGGACCUACAAGCUGUUGUUCUACGCCAUGGAGAUAAUGCUACCAUCUGCAUGGUCAUGGAGAUGCUCCUCCGUGCUCUUCAUGUAUCUCCUCAAGGUCAAGGCCGCGUGAGCAAGGAAGAAGUGAAGAACCUCGUCGUCGCUGCCAGCUCCAGCUCCAGCUCCAGCGGCGCAGGCGCAGAUCUUGAUCUUCUCAAGCAAGUGAUGCUCCUCUGCUACAGCAAGCUGUCCAGGGAUUACAAGAGCUGCCUGCAGUACCUGACCGCCUUCCACGAGGAGAAGAGCAUCAGCAGGACAAGCUUGGUCCGGCGAUGGGCGGCCGAGCGCCUGGUCGUCAAGGAAGAGAAGCAAUCGUACGAAGAAGCAGCCGAGAUGUGUUUCACUGAGCUUCUCUUCCGAGGCUUCGUUUACCCCGUCGAGCAUGGCGCUGCCGGCAACAAGGUCAAGAGCUGCAGGAUGAGAGAUGAGGUGAAGAACUUCGUCGAUGGGAUCUCCAAGAGCGAGAACUUCGAGGGAAGCCGAUUGCCACCCCACCUUGACAACCAGUUCCGCAUCCGUCAGAUGGUCGCCAAGCAGGAGAAGAAGCUAGAGAAGGAGAAAGCAGAACGAGGAGCAUCAGGCUCAGCUGUAUCUCUGAACAUCUGUGGGGUUUCCCUUCCAAGAAAGCAGCAGGGCCAGGGCCAGGUCGGGAAGUCGUCCGUUUCGGCGGCGAGCAGUAAGAAGCUAGAGAAAUCCAUCGACAAGCAGCUGAAGCAUUUCAGAUCACUCCCUGAAACCUAUCGAGUGAAUGUCAUGGAUCUCGGAGGCUGCAAAGGCCUGAAGAAGCGCCACCUGAAGAGCAUCUGCAAGCUGCAGUCGCUCAAAUAUCUGAGCCUCCGGAACACGGACGUUCCGGAUCUGCCCCAUCAAAUCAAGGCGCUCCAGCUGCUGGAGACGCUGGAUAUCCGGCAGACCAAGAUUCGUCCCUCCUGCACAAAGCGCAUAAAUAAUCUACGCAAGCUGAAGCAUCUCCUUGCCGGUGACAUCAAUCAUUCCAGCUGUGAUGGGAGCGCACCAUUCUCCACCACCGUAAGGAUGCCGACCAACAUUAGUGAGAUGACCGACAUGGAGGUACUGUCCUGUGUCCAAAUUUCUCGUGGCAGCGAGCUCAGUGAACUCGAGAAUCUGAAGAAGCUAAGGAAGCUUGGUGUAUUUCUCCCCGGAAGGCAAGAAGACAUCAAUGAUCUGCGCCAAGCCAUUUCCAAGAUGGGAGGACGCCUGCACUCCCUGUCAAUUUGGAUCAAUACACCCUGUGCCGACGACGUUUCUCUUGACAAGAAAGACGGCGAUGGCACAUUCUUGCAUCUGGAGAACCUUGAGAGCCUAAGCAUCGCUGGCAUGGAUAAAUCUGGAUUGCCUAGCUGGGUCGACGAAGGCCUCAAAAGGCUUUCCAAGAUAACAUUGUGCAAUACUCCUCUGGCGCCUGGGAAAAUGGGAACCCUUAGCAAGCUCACCGGCUUGCUAUGCCUCAGGCUCCAUCACGGGUCAUUCAUGGAAGAGGAGCUCGCCUUCAGGGCUGACGGGUUCAUUGCUCUCAAGUUCCUCCUGCUCGAGAGUGCCGCCACCACCAAGCUCACCUUCGAAGAAAAUGCAAGCCCUCAGCUUGAGAAGAUCGUCUGGUCCAUGGACGCCAAAGUCACCGCCACAGCUUGUGCUCCUGGAAUCGAGCACCUUGCGGGACUGAAGCAGGUGGUGCUCAAAGGCCUACUUGAAGGUGAUUCUUGCCCCUUGGUGGAAAAAGCCAUCGCAAAACAUCCAAAGCAUCGAGCCAUAGAGAUGAUCAUUGGUGUCUGGAAGAUCGUUGCUGUCACCUCCACUACAUGA